AUGCAUCGGCCUGCAGCUGUCACUUCGACGUACCUUCUUUCCACGCAACCAACGCAACGAGUCGAGACCGAGAUCUCUCCAGCCUCUAGAAACCGCAAGAGAGACACAUCCACUUCCCUGCUCGGCAAAGCAGGCCUAGCCCUAGGGCUGACUGUAGUGAUCCUCGCAGUAUCAGUCCUCGUCCUCAUAACAAUGCGCAUCAAAUACGGCCAGAGCUUCAAAUCGCUCUUCUCGCGCCGCUCAAAGGGGCGGAAAGCGAAAGGCCCCUCGAUGAUUCGUGAUGAUACCGAUUCCUCAACGUCAGCAUCGUCAUCCGCAUCCACAUUUCGGCCCCCGAGAUUGCAAUCUAUACGGCUCAGCAAGGAACUCGAGAUCCUGGGUCUCUUAACGGACCCUCGGAUCGCCAUGGAAGAGACAGCGUCGCCGGCGUCAUGGCUCUCGUCUAGUCCCGUCAGCACAUUGAACGCCAGGGCUUCGCCAUUACCAUCGCCAUCACCUUCUUACUCACUCUUCCCUACCGUUCAGCGACAACUAGUGCCGGAUCCUUACUGGAAAGAUUAUGAGAACGACGACGACGGGUACGAUACCGAGCGAGAGCAAGCUCUGACCUCCAAGGAAAACCAAGCAUCCUACCCAGUCUCUCCACUGCUUCCGCCCCCACCAUCGCUUUUGCUUCAGCCUCGGAGCCCGUCACGCGAACACUUCCCAGCACCGUCACCAGAAGCAGACCCAGGAACUGGAGCUCCGCUCAGCCCAGCACUGAGUUACCGCACCUUCGCGACCCGCUCGUCGGGGAUCUUCCCGUGGGGUACGGAGCCACAUGCUGUCGAUGUCGAGGAGGAUGUGGUGUCAGAGGUUCUGGUACUGCCUUCGCCGCCGCAAUUCGCGCAUUCAUAUGGGUAUGAACGGCGUGCUGGGAAUGGCGUGAAUUGA